GCAUAUAGGUCAUUAGAGACAGGCAAACUUGAUCGAACAAUAAGCUCGUCAAGGACUCACAGAGCUAAACGAAAGUCUAUCGAGUCGGCGAUCAGGAAUUCCUCUGCAAGCGACCUGAUUUUCUCGCCCUUCGUUAUUUCUUCCCACUCUCUCUAGGGUAAAUCUCUUAGCUCGUUUCCUAUCGGCAUGAGGGGAGGACCUGUGACCGUGAAGACAACAUUGAAGGAGGAUUCCCAGAAUUGGGAGCUUGUUCCCGCCAAGGAUGAAGUACCAGCCUACUACAUUUAUACGGCACCAGUACAAACAAGUUAUAUAGAUUGCCAUCAGUAUGCUGUUAUUCGUCUAUGCAACGGUCUUGAAGCUACAAUCAUUAGCGACGUCUAUUUGGACAUGUCGGCUGCUUGCAUGGACGUCGCGACAGGAUCGUUCAAUGACCCAGAAGACAUGGCCGGUGAAGCCCAUUAUUGCGAACACCUGUUGUUCAUGGGCUCGAAGAAAUAUCCAGAGGAAAGCGCCUUUAAGGAGCACAUUACCUUGAACCACGGCUACACCAAUGCGGUGACGGGUGCCUCCAAUACAGAAUUUCACUUUGAAGUCGCUUCGGAUGCCCUCGAGGGCGCGCUCGAUCGCUUUUCCGCACUCUUUUACUGUCCACGUUUCCAUAAAGACUCGGCUCUACGCGAGGUCGAGGCGAUUGAUUCCGAGUAUUCAGAAGGGCUCCAAGAUGAUAUUCGGAGAUUAGGAUAUGUUGAAAAUUCACUUGCCCAUCCAGCACAUCCUUUAAGAAAGUUCAACACCGGAAACAAGGACACGCUAAUAGGGAAAUUUCUCGCCUCGAAGGCAUCACCCCUGUGUCAUGGGUUUAACAAAGAUGAAAACAGGCAUAUAAGCAGAUCCCCAAGCAGAAACUCUGGUAGCGAGAUUUCCGAGAGGAAUGAUAGCCCCUUUAGUCGAAUCUCCUCGUUCAGGAAGCACGCGAGGGAUGAGCAAGGUUCGUGGAGUAUGAACGUCAGCGAGACUUCAUUGAGAAGUGGUGGGAGCCAUGUCAGUUUGCCUGCGAAGCAGUUAAGGGAGGAUUGCCACGGCCAUAGAAGAUCUGUCAGUAAUAGUACCGGUCGGAGCGCAUAUUCCCCAACCCAGACACCUUCAGACUCAGAAAGUAGUCAUACUAGUAGGCAAUUAAGCAGAUCCCCGAGUAAAACGGACUUGCAAGCCAUCGAAGAAGAAGCAAAGAAAGUAGCUGCCCUGAAGGCCCGAGAGCAUUUGAAAAAGUGGUGGGAGAGGGAAUAUUAUGCAGAGAGGAUGAAGUUGGCAGUAGCUGGGAAUGAACCUCCUCACAAGAUGAUCGAUACGGUUGUGAGAUUCUUUUCGCCGAUAAAAAGCAGAGGACAAUACCCGGCCGAUAUCUCCUCUGCUACGCAGCCAUACGGGAAGGAAGAACUUGGGAAAAUCAUUUAUGUUAAGACAAUUGAGAAAAUGUAUAGAAUAAAUAUUGCCUUCCCCAUCUCCUGGCAGUUAUCUCAGUGGCGUGAAAAGCCGGUAUACUACCUCGUUCAUCUACUCGGUCAUGAAUGUCCGGGUUCGCUAUAUUCGUACUUAAAAAAUAAGGGAUGGCUUUUGAGACUAGUUGCCGGAUGUGCGAUCUACGGUCAUGGAAUCAGUCUGCUCAAGCUGACCUUCGACUUGACGAAAGAAGGAUUGGAGAACCAUCGAGAAGUUAUAUUAACAUGCUUCAAGUUCAUCAACCUAUUGUGCAAAUCUCAGAUCCCACGGUGGAUACCGAGAGAGCGGGAGUGGAUCGAAAGGCUGUCAUUCAUCUACGACCGGGAACCACAGGCACUUUUUUUGGUUAGGGACAUUGUCGAUUCGAUGAAGUAUCCAACACCGCGUGCUCUCCUCCUGAAUGGACCUUUACUGCAUUGGGAGUGGAAUGAGAAGCUCGUCAGGCAUACAUCAGAGGAUCUGGAUGUUGAGAACUGUUACGUUAUUGUAGCGGCUCGUAAUCAUGACCAUAUUCCGAAGGGAGAGACAUGGCACAAGGAACGAUGGUUUGGAGCCAAGUAUGUAAAGAAACAGUUUGACGCUAAGUUCAUUUGUGAUGCUCGCGAAGACAAUGACAUACCCGAUCUUGCUUUGCCAGGACCAAAUCCAUUUAUUCCUGAGAACACCGUCGUGUACGGCGUACACGUUUAUAAACCAAAGCAACGCCCCACGCUCAUUAUGCGUACACCACACAUGGAGGCCUGGUAUAAGUUAGACGAUCGAUUCUUUGUACCAAAAGCUAUUUUGCAUAUUGCAGGACGAACGCCAGCUGCUGGAGCUAAUUCUCGAGCUAUGAUAUUGACCCAAAUGUUCGUAGAUCUGGUAGAGGAUGCGGUUCAUGAAUAUGCGUUCUACGCAAACGUUGCCGGGCUGCGCUACAGCUUAUUCAGUGCUACGUGCGGCUUUGAAAUGAACUUUAUUGGUUACACAGAUAAAUUACAUGAUCUAGUUCAGGUAGUUCUAGACAAGAUGAAGCAUCUUGACAUUCGGAAGGAUAGGUUGAAAGUUAUGAUUAAACAGGAACGACGAGCUGUGAAGAAUGAUCGCCUCUUGAAUCUUUGUGAACUCUCCGAGUCUCACAUACUCUACCUUAUUGAAGAUGACUGUCUCAGCACGGAGGAGAGGUUGGAAGCGUUGAAAGAUAUUACGGUUGAGGAACUUUCCGAGCACGUAGAGGCACUACUGUCGGGACUGAACUUUGUAAUUCUAGCUAAUGGUAACUUAAGAAAGGGGGAUGUCCUAGGGCUCACAUUAUUAGUCGAGAGAACGUUCGAAGCUAAAACCGUCCCAGAACAUGAAGUCCCUAAGCUGCGUUCACGACUUCUUCCUGAAGGAUGCAAUUAUGUCUGGGAUCAGCCUGUACCCAACCCUGAGGAGGCCAACUCAAGUGUAUUGUAUUACUGUCAUGUUGGUAAUAAGUCCGACAAACACGUCCAGGUUACAUGCCACCUUCUCGCCCAAAUCUUGACAGAGCCAGCAUUUGGCAUCCUUCGAACGAAACAACUGCUCGGAUACUCGGUUUUCUCUCGUACAGUAACAGAUGUUGAGUCAAUUGGUUGGCAACUACUGAUAGAGUCCGGAAUCGACACAAGAUAUCUGGAGUCGCGUAUUGAUGCCUUCUUGAUAUAUAUGCGUAAGGUUAUUCGGGCCAUGUCCGACGAAAUGUUCGAAAGUCAUAAAAGAUCACUCUGGAGACAGUGGACGGGAAUACCUAAAGGUAUUAUGGGAGAGACAGAAAGAUUCUGGUCCGCUAUUCAGGAUGGAUACUAUGAUUUUAAAGAAAACAAGAAAAAUGCAGAAUUGCUCCCAAGUAUAAAGUUGCGUGACGUGCGUACGAUGUUCGAAAAGUUUUUCGAUCCAUCAUCGGCAACACGCUCCAAAAUUUCCAUCCACAUGAGAUCUCAGUUACCACCUAAAGUCCCUAAGUACCCCGCUUCUCCAAAUCUAGGGAAUCUUGUAACAGACCAUCCUGUAAAGCCUGCUCUGGAGGUCAAGUACGUUAAAGAUGGUGCGGGGUUCAAGCGUAGUCUCGGCCGUUCUGGGAUUGCAAAACCGGUUGAGACAUUUGAAGAGGAGCACUAG